ACACUGAGGCUCCACAUCCUCUGCAAAAUAAGCUUAUCAACACACGUGGCUUUGAGCUGGACAAUUUUAAGACGGGUCAAGAUGAGGAUGUAUUCCUGAAAAAUUAAAUACAAGCAGGAAAAUGGGAGGAACUUGAAGGUGGCAUUCACUGCAGCUUUGCACACCUAAAUGCAAGUUUUUACUGACACUACAGCUGAAGUCGAUGCAUCCAUCUAAGCGUUCUCUGAACAAGAAUCAGCCUUCUGGCAUCUGGAAGCAAAUCAGCCCUGCAGAAAUGGCAUUAAGGUCCAAGGAUGAGCAUUCAUAAUAAAAGAAAACAAAUGGAGCUAAAAUUCUACUAUCUUCCCACCUGCAAGAAGAAACGCUAUUGAUGCUGACUGAUAGAAAGUUUUUAUUAUAGAAAUCCAAGUAUCAUUAUGGUAAAAAGAUUUCUACACGAUCUUAAGGCACACAGGAACUUAAAGUACUCUCAGCAGGAACUUAAAAGUACUCCCAGUUGCAAUGUAUAUAGUGUCCUAUAAAAAAAAAAUAAUUAAGAAAUUUGCUUCUUGCACUGUUACGUUUCAGCCAUUCAAAAUGAUUACUAUAAACUUCUUUGGAAAUAUGAAAAAUUUAACUUUUUUUGGCCACCCUGACCAAGUGUGAGUACUGAUAUCUUUUCUGCAGAUAUUUGAGCCAUGGAAACUUACUCAGCCUCCGUAUCCCCUAUUAUAUGUAACAGCACAACUUUCAAUCUAAAUGGAUCACAUUUGUGUAAUGAAAGUCUAUCUUCUAGAUUGGCUGAUAAAUCAGAACACCAACAAUAUGUUAUCGGACUCUUCCUAUCAUGCCUUUAUACAAUAUUUCUUUUCCCUAUUGGGUUUGUGGGAAACAUUCUGAUCCUGGUUGUAAACAUAAGCUUUCGAGAAAAAAUGACCAUUCCAGACCUUUACUUCAUAAACCUCGCAGUAGCUGAUCUCAUUUUAGUUGCCGAUUCCCUCAUUGAGGUUUUUAACCUUGAUGAGAAGUAUUACGAUAUCACGAUUAUUUGUACCUUUAUGUCCUUGUUUCUUCAGAUCAACAUGUACAGCAGCAUUUUCUUCCUGACUUGGAUGAGUUUUGACAGAUACCUAGCUCUGGCAAAAGUAAUGAGGUCCAACCUAUUCCGCACUAUGCAGCACGCUAGGUUAAGCUGCGGCCUCAUAUGGAUGGCGUCUAUCUCGGCAGCGCUAGUUCCGUUCACAGCCGUGCAUUUACAACACACCGGAGAGGUCUAUUUUUGCUUUGCAGAUGUAAAAGAAAUCCAGUGGCUAGAAAUCACCUUGGGGUUUAUCAUUCCCUUUGUGAUCAUCGGUCUCUGUUACUCGCUAAUUGUGCGGGUUCUCAUAAAAGCCCACAAGCACAGGAGCCUGCGGCUGCGGCGCCAGAAGGCCCUUCGCAUGAUUUUUGUCGUUGUCUUGGUUUUCUUUAUCUGCUGGUUACCUGAAAACGUCUUCAUUAGCGUGCAGCUUCUUCAGAAGAAAAAUGAGCCUGUCUCUUCCAGCAGCCCAUCCUUCAGGCACGAUUAUCCUUUAACAGGACACAUUGUGAACCUAGCAGCUUUUUCUAAUAGCUGUUUGAACCCCUUAAUUUACAGUUUUCUAGGUGAAACCUUCAGAGACAAACUGCGGCUGUAUAUUGAACAGAAAACGAAAAUGUCAACGUUACAUCGCUUUUGUCAGGCUGCCUUAACGUCUGUCAUUCCUGACAGCAACGAGCAAUCCGAAGUCUGACUUGGUACUGGCUGUAUAAAACGUAUGACUGAACCCAUGCACAUAAUGAACCAAACGCUUGCUACUAACAGAAAACUGUGUGUUUGUGUGUAUUAUGUUAUAUUGCCCUGC